AUGAUGCCGGAUGAUGCUCCGACCCGACCUCCUUCAACAACGGCCACCACGAAGCCCUCGCACCCCGCCUCGAAUCCGGGCUCGCCACCGUACGGCGCUUCCAGGGGCGGUCACGAGGCUGGCUUUGUGCAGCCAUCGUCCUACCUGCGGCCCAGGGGCGUCUCUCGACCAAUUGCACCGGUGGAGAGGGCCGUGGAUCGCGAUGAAAAACAAGCACUGUGGCACAUCCGGGAUUUUCUGAAAAAUCACACCAGCUAUGAUGUCUUACCCCUGAGCUUCCGCCUGAUCGUCUUUGACACCUCCCUAUCGGUGAAAGAGAGCCUCAAUAUUCUCAUCCAAAAUGGAAUCGUUUCUGCUCCCCUUUGGGAUUCAAACACGUCGACUUUUGCUGGCCUCCUCACAACCUCCGAUUAUAUAAAUGUAAUUCAGUAUUAUUUCCAGAAUCCAGCCGCACUGGCGAGAAUAGACCAAUUUCGGCUAAGCAGCCUCCGAGCAUGCCGGUACAUGCUAUCGUCGAGGGCGCGUAGGAUACCAUUAGUGUCGUACGACAGUCAAACGGAUCGACAGCUGGUCGUCAGUGUCGUCACGCAAUAUAGAAUCCUAAAAUUUAUGGCCGUCAACGUGCAACAAACUCAGAAUUUACGCAAACCGUUAAAGGAUAUCAACCUGGGGACUUACAAAAAUAUUGUCACAGCAUCAAUCGAUACGCCGGUAAUCGACAUCAUCCAUAAGCUGGUUGAACGCAGCAUAUCGAGUGUUCCAAUUGUUAACUCCGAGGGCGUCGUUUACAACGUGUUUGAAGCUGUUGACGUCAUCACCUUGAUAAAAGGGGGAGUCUACGACGACCUUAAUUUGCCAGUUGGCGAAGCGCUUAAGCAACGCUCGCCGGAUUUCCCCGGGAUCUAUACAUGUUCGAUUGAAGACGGCCUUGACACUAUUCUCGACACGCUUCGGAAGUCGCGAGUCCACCGAUUUAUCGUGGUAGACGAAUUUUUCCGACUAAAAGGCGUUCUCACACUAAGUGACAUCCUCCACUAUCUUGUCAUUGAGGGUGAGCAAGAAGAAGUCUAA